UCUAUGGUGUUCUAUCUCUUUGGCUGAGUGUGUUGACAUAUUUUGACAGGUGAAACUCAUGUUGGGAAAGUGUUUGUGAUGUACAGCGGUGAUGUUGAUAAUAUGGACGAUUCUGACGUUAACAGCGCAAAUGAACUCGUUCUUUCUACGUUUUCAGCAAAUGUUCCUGCUACAGAUGUCAGUAACGGUGGCUCCAAUCGAGUAUCAGCUAUAUUCCUGAUAGUGAAUGCUGCUCUGGGAGCUGGUCUUUUGAAUUUCCCUCAAGCUUUUGACCAGGCUGGUGGAAUAGCAACUGCUGUGGUUGUGCAGGUGGUACUGUUAGUAUGGAUACUGGGAGCACUGGUGACGCUGGCACACUGUUCAGACGAGACAGGGGCGCGCACACUGCAGGAUAUACUGGAGGGUCUGUGUGGAACUCCGGGUCUUAUCGCGUGUUGCCUCUGUGUCGCUUUGUACUGCUUUGGCACCUGCCUCACCUUCCUCGUCAUCAUAGGUGAUCAGUUUGACAGAGUAUUUUCGUCACUUCACGGAUCUGACUUCUGCCAUUACUGGUAUAUGAAUCGCAUCUUUACAAUAGUGGCAAGCUCCACAGUGUGUAUUCUUCCAUUUUGUUAUUCCAGGAGGAUUGAUUUUCUCAAAUAUGUCAGCUAUUUGGGUGUGGGUGCUGUCUUUUAUGUUGUGGUGCUCAUAGUGUACCAAAAAUUCGCAGGAGAAUUUACUCCUGGUCCAGUUAAAACUAGUCCAACAGAAUGGACUGAUGUGUUUCUGGUGGUCCCCGUUAUUUGUUUUGGAUACCAGUGUCAUGUCAGUGUAAUACCAAUUUAUUCCUGCCUCCAUGAACGCACCAUAUUUAAUUUUUCAAUAUGCUGUGGAGCAGCUGUCUUUAUUUGUAUGCUGUCAUACACUCUUGCUGGAACAUUUGGAUACCUGACAUUUGGUGCCGAUGUCACAAGUGAUAUUCUGGAGUCUUAUUCGGGAUACCAUCCAUCUGUCCUGAUUGGUAUUACAGCUAUUGCUAUAAAGACAUACACAACCUAUCCAAUACUACUAUUCUGUGGAAGGGAGGCAGUAAACAAAAUAUGGUGUACAUUUUUCUACAACAGUCAGGCCGAUAUUGCAGUUAAAGAACCAAUGAGACGAGCUGUAAUAGCAACAACGUGGUUUAUAUUAACAUUGCUCUUAGCAGUGCUCAUCCCUGAUAUGGGAAUUGUGAUAGAUUGUCUGGGAAGUCUUGCAGCUAUUUUCAUAUUUGUUUUCCCAGGUAUAUGCUGGAUGCAGUCAACAUUACACAAAGAUCCACUUAUUCUUCUAAAUAAAGACAGAUUUUAUAUAUUUUUGUCUGUGUUGUAUAUACUGACUGGGACAUUUGUAUUUGGAGUAGUUCUAGUGCAGGCAAUUGAAAGAUUCUCCGAAAAAGACCAAUCACCUAUCAGACUGUGUGUGUAGCCAGUGCAUGUGUGUGCCCUCGAGCACUGGUGCAGGGAACAUCUGUUAUUUAUUUAUACAUUCCUAUUUAUCUGGUUAAGACAACAUUGUGCUUAUUAAAAGUUUCAUUAAUGAUCUCUGAAAACUUUUGACUGCUUGAUCAUAAAAUGUGAUUCAUAUAUAUUGCUUCCAGAUUUUGUUGUUAUUUUAAAAUACUAAGUUAAUUAAUUUGACAAAUUUACAGAAUGUGCACAUAUAGCUUCAGUAAAUUUAGACUGGUCGUGAUGCUCAGGGAAACUUUAGAGUGGAGUAGCCACCUAGGGGAUUACAAUGCAUGCAUUUGAUGAUAUCAGAAGCGCAUGGAGGAUAAAUGAUGAAUCAUGAUUUCAGUCAUGCUAUUUUAAAUUGUAUUUUGAGUUUGCUAUGUAGAUUUCCACUUUUUAAAUUUCACGCUGUUCUACAAAUUAUCUUUUUCACAUAGAAAGCUUGAUAAGGACAAUUUUAUUUAUUACUUAAAAUGUAAAUAUUAUAUUUAAAUUAAUGAGACUGGUAGUAAUAUUCAGAGAGAAAUAGUUAUGCUGUAUGGCUGACAGAACUGUUUUAGUAGUCUUCAAAGAUGAUAUAUGAAAGGGUUGGGGAGAUACCACAAGGCAUAAGAGAAGAUUGAGGAGGAAAGCUUAAAAUGGUGUGAUCAUGGGCAUUUGAAGAGAAUGGAGGUAGCAAAGAUGCCUGAGAAGAUGAGUGCGAGAAAGACAAAGGGCAGGAGACCAGUAGGGAGCCUAAACGACAAAUGGCUAAAAGGAAUGGCAGAAGUCAUCCUGAAGAGAGAGGAGUGGGCUGGACUAGUGACAGAGAGGUGACGGGAAGACCGGAGGUGGUGGCAAGGAUUGGUCCAGGCAGGCUGUGCCUGUGGCAGAUAACUGUGCAUGACGACGACGACGACGACGACGACGACGACGAUGAUGAUGAUGAUGAUGAUGAUGAUGAUGACAACGAUAACUACUCUUUAAUUAGUAACUUUGCAGAUUAGUUUCUAAACCAGUUUGUUAUAAAUGAGAACUAUGGGGAUUACUUCACACUACUCUCUUUCCAUCAUAUGAAAUUUAAAGUAAACUGAAAGAAGAGUCCUUGAUAAACUUUCAUAAUUUGUGCUUUUGGGGGACACUGUUAAUGUGAACACUAAUUUUUAUUUUUAUCAAGUACACAACCUGAGGGAGCAUAUUUCAGCUGCAAAAAUGUUGCAUAAGUGGAAGUCUAAAAACUUUAUGAAAAGUUUGUACAAUAAUAGGCUGAUUUUUCUGGGUUUUAAGACUGACACAUACACCUUUUACACCUUUGAUGGCAUGGUGUUUUACUAGCCAGGGAUUUUUUUCUUUUUUUAUGGAUGGUGACCCACUACAGUAAUUAGUUUCUGUUAAUAGACUGAUACUAUUGGUGUGGAGAGUAGUUUUUUAUUGACUCUCAGGUGCAUUGUUAACCUUUCUUGUAUGUCUGUUUUGUGUAUGUGCCAUGGCAGUAGUUUCCCAGAAUGAUGCCAACUUUUCUUUCUUGCUUCCUUUUUUUCUUUUCUUCCUAUUAAAGUUAAAAGGGAUGAUUCUAGAUUUUAGUAACCCCUUUUUGACUAGAAACUUGUCUCACUACAUUAGGAUGAUGUGAACAAGAAUGAGAUAAUUGUGCUAUCACACUAUGGUCUUCUUGGUGGAGGACAUGAUGGUGAACAUGGAAGUUACCAUUUAAAAUUUGUAUCCCUACUUACCACAGACUUUCUGUGGCUUACAGCAUGGUGCAAGUCCAUCUUGUUAAAGUCAUAUUGAUGGCUUAUGUUUUAGAUGUAUGAGGUAUAACUGUUACUGCAGGCAGCCAUGAGAUUAUUUGUAGAGAUUAGCUUUAUGUUUUGUGUUUUUGAUGCUGAUGAUAGAUGUGGAAGAGUGCGAAACCAGUUAUCUGCUCAUAAUGCACUAUUCAUGAAGAGUGCUUGUAAGGCUGAAGAGCUUGAAAGUCCCUAUUUCUUCAACAGAUAACCAUCAAUGCCAUUCCUCUGAGAUACUGUCGUGAAUAUUAGAAUACAGAACAUGACAUGGGAGCAAAAUCUGAUGUGGAAAUUAAUUUCGUGUUACUUCUCAUCCAUCACUAACCAGAUAUCGGUGUUGGAAAUUUAUUCAACAAAGAUAAUUUGAUUCUGCUUUCAUAAUAGAGUGCCAGUGUAAAAUUAAGCUCUAGUGACUUUAUCUUCAGUGAUAUUUGGUCUACAACUAAGCAGAGGAAGUAUGGCCAAGACAGCUGGCAAAUUUAAACUGUCAUUCCUGGUUUCAAUGAUUUUGUAUUUUUUUCAUUCGUCCUCUUAUCUACACAGGCUGCUUGGCCAUGUGAUACGGGAAAAGUCUGUUUAUGUACUUGGUGGAUGCACAUAGACUUAAGAUGAGAUAGUCUACAGAACCCAUCACUCACACACACAUGUACAUUUCUGUGUGUUCAUACUUACAUUAAAAUACCAAAUUGAGAAAAUUCUCACUCACUCACUCACUCACUCUCUCUCUCACUCACUCACUCACUCUCACUCUGCAUUAAGGAAUCGUAUGGCUGCAGCUCUGUUUGUCGUAGGGUUGAAUGGUCAGAAAACAAGAUUAGCUGAAUUUGUGUUCUUCAUUUCGUAACUUUUAUGUAUAAAUUCUGUAAGUUUGGUGUAGAUAAUUUCCUUUACAUGUUUGGGAAAGGAACAGGAAAUUAUAAUGGGCUGCAGUUAUUUAUGUUGUCGGUCAUGUUUUAUGAAAAUUUGAAGUACCCAUUUAAGUUUCCACUGCACCAAGAAAAAAUGUCAUCAAGUGAACAGUCAUAUAAGCUCUGUCAGUAAUUCUAUCAGUUUUAAUCAAUCUUCUGUAAUAUUACUGUAGUAAUAUCACCAAUACUUACAGAUUUUUUGAAAUUUCUCUAUUGCUUGUACUUCCUCAUUAUUUGAAACAUUGAUCUAUAACAGGUGCUUAUUUUGUGUUCAUCAUAUUGAGUGUUCUUCUUUGUGUUUGAUUUCAUCAUCUUGUAGCAUUUUUGUGGUAUCGUUUAAUGUCUGGAUUCUCUUGGACAAAAUUUUACUGUCAUCACGAUGUAUACUGUAACUAUUCAUGCUUUACUUGGCAUUAAAAUGCUAAAUAACAAAGAAACCUCUGCUUAAGAAGUUCUCCUCUUCUGAGGUUAGGCUCACUAUGGGAAAAGUUCUGAAAACACUGACUGUGCAGUGGUGCGCCUGUCGCAAUGGCUGCCCCAUGCAACUUCACUACAGAUCAUUCACCGUAUCUUUGAUGGAAUGCACAGUGUUUUCACUAUCACCCUACCAGCACUGUUAAGUAUUAAAAAGAUACACUGUAAUGUACCACUUGCAGUUCAGUACAGCUUGUAAUCAUCAGAACAGAAACAACAAUUGAACCCAAUUAAAAUUAAUAAAAAUAUAAGAAAACAUUUUCUGUUAUGUGACAAGCAUUACUAUUACUCACUUGUGUGGCAGCUGUAAGUUCACGUUUGGCACGAAUGUAUUUUGUGAUCACAAAAUGCAGUCUAAAGCAACAAAAUAUUUUGGGUCUUGCACACUUUGCUGGUUACGGCUCAGUGAUGACAUCAAAAGUUUUUCUUUCUGAUCUAUUCCCAGUGCUGUGCUCAGUGAGUUGAUUCCAGGAGAUACCCUACCAGCUAACUGCUUAUCAGCUAAUUACUUUUGAAUGAUAGUUGGGAAGACAGUAGGAUCAUUUAUAUUGGCUUUUGCAGUUUCACAUUUUGAUGUGCAGAGUUAACUGUAGUAAUGAAAAAUCUGUUGACAAAAAUGUAGCUGUGAAUCAUAGUUACACAGCUAGAGCUGCUAAAUCACCUGCUAAUAGUCUGGGGCAUUUUUCAUUGUGGUCGUGAGGUCCUCCACCUCUGCUGGUAGGAAAAACAACAGCCAUCACUCCCCUCAAGGCUGUCAACUUACUGAUAAUAAUUCCCUCAUGAGACAAGUGUUAAACAGUCAUAAUUUUAGCUAGAGCCUUGCUAGUGAUGGUAGCUCCAUCUGCUAGUGCAGCAUUGCUGGUGUCCUGUGGUGUUGACACUCUAACACCAGCUCUGUACCUCACUGUAAAAUCACUAGUGACAGACAGUGAAUUGUUUUGUAGCAUUAGUUCCAUAACCAUGCACUACUGAGAAGCAGCCCAGUUACUUGUCUCUAUACAUUGCUCUUCUUCUGCCAGAAAUGAAUUCCUUUUGUGGUCCAUGUUGAUACAAAAUUUUAAUGCUUUACAGAAAUAUGUUAUUACAGUCACAUUUAAUUUUAUUAAGCAGUUGUAGGGGGUCUUGAAAAACAAUUAUAACAUUUUAAUUUUGCUUUCCAAUAGUUUUUCUAAUGACAUAUUUCUUCUUAGGUCAAGUGAGGAUUUUGCAUUUUUUGCUGUAUGUUGUAGGCAAAAGUUUUAAAACAUCAGUCUUGAUACAUACUAAGCUUUUGAACAAAUUUGCAUCGAUCUAAGACGGAAAUGUUAGUCUCAUCUGAAGCAUCUCCCUGAAGUUGUUAGAAGUGUUUACUAUUUCUGAGAGGGUGGGAGUGGAGGGGGGGGGGGGGAGGGUUGUCACAUUGUUUUCUUGUAUUGGUGUUAUAUUUUUAUGUUCUGUUUUUGCCUUUUCUUCUUCUUCUUCUGUUUUAUUUUAAUAAUGUUGAACAUGGCUUUUGUUGGGCUAUGUAAGUAUUCAUCAUUAUGCAUUCGUUUUGCAUAUCUCAUUACAUUUUUAAUAUUUUGGAAUAUUUUUUACAGGAUGUGGAGAAUUCAGAUGUGGAUUUUUUUGUUGCUCACAUUUUGUGUAUCCCCUGGCACAAAACUCUUACUCUACCUGUGAUCCAGCUGUUAAGUAUAGAACUGAUAGUUAUUGUUGUUCAGUCCAAAGGCUAGUUUUGAUGCAGCUCUCCAUUAUACUCUGUCCUGUUCAAACAUAAACUCCAAGUAGCUACUGCAACCUUCAUCCUUCUGAAUCUGCUUGCUUUAUUCAUCUCUUGGUCACCCUCUACAAUUUGUACCCCUCACACUUCCCUACUGUUGAGUGCCCAUAUCCACCAUAUCCAUCCAUCCAUCCAUCACACUUCCCUCAAAGACUAAAUUGUUGAUCCAUUGAUGUCUCAGAAUGUGUCCUGUCAACCAAUCUCUUUUUGUCAUGUUGUGUCAAAUUUCUUUUCUCUCCAGUUGUAUUCAGUAACUCCUCAGUACUUAAGGUGAUCAGCACAUCUAAUCUUGAGCAUUCUUCUGUGGCACCACAUUUCAGUUUCAUUUCCACACAAAUACUUCAGUGGAAAAGCAGUUUGGAAUUGGUGGUCACCUUGAGGUGUUCUGCUGUGUUGUUUCCAGGAUUUGUACUUAUGACACCAGUUUGAGAACCCUAACAAGGAUGAAAUAAAUGAAAUCUUUGCUGAAUAAUAGAUGAUGUAUUUAAGACACUGUAGUACUCCUGUGGGAAUAAUGUGGCAUGUGGCCCUGCUGUAGGCGUUCUUUUUUUUUUUUUUAAAAAAAAAAAAGACAUUAGGUGACUUCUGAAGGAGUCCUUCAGCUGGCUGAGGCUGUUUCUUUCUACCAGCAUCCUGCAGUUGUUUUAUUAUUUUGUAUCAUUUGUUAAUCUUUCCAUGUGUUAUAUAAUUUUUGGAUUGUGUUACUUCAGCUUACCUGUUUUGAUAGCUUUCUUUCGUUUUGAGAAUUUUUUCCAUCCUUUUUGUGGCUACCUGUUGCCAGCUAGCUUCAUAAUAUUUUCCUAAAAGCCAUCUUAUCACCCUUUAUCAUUGCAGCUCUGUGACAUAUCGGUUACCUUUUUUCUGACAGUAUUUUAUAAUCAUCGUAGCAUUUCAAUAUUUGUUGUUCACCACCCAUUGCUCUUUGUUCCUGUUCAUCCUGUAAAAUGGGUGGCUUUCACCUAAGAUGUAAAAUGACUUGUGGUCUAGUUUUUCUGUAAUUUUUCCUUUGUAGCUUUUUAUUGUGCUUACCAAAAUAAUUCAUUGAAUUUUCUUAGUUUUCGUUUUAGCAGUGAAUACCAAUAUUUUGUUAUCUUUUGUGUAAUUAAGUACUUUAUUCUGUACUGCAUUGUGUUUUAUUUGAUGGCCCACUAGAUUGUCAAAUUAGUAAAUGAAAUGUCUGUAUAUGAUUUAAGGUAGUUUACGACAAUAAGAGGUCACCAACAUAACACUACUGUUUCAGAAAGUUAAGUACGUACCUCAAUACAGAGACUCAGAAAUGCAGUUACACGUAACUGCAAAGUUAUCAAUUCAAAUUUUAUGUGAUUAGUUGUAAGAUGUAGAAAGGUGCAAAGUAUCCAGUUAUGGAUACCUUUUUUACCAGUUAUAUUUACCUGUACUGUUAAAGAAACUGAUACUAUUGUUUUAUCAUAUUAGUGUAAAAAUAUUUUGUUAUGUAUUAAUGGAAACUGAAUCUUUAUUGCAUGUUCAAUUGUUUAUAGCCACACUACAUCUCUCCAGACAGUAUGUGCACAUUCUGUGAUGAAUUACUUGUAAUGAGAGAAAUGUUAUAAAAGUUAUGAAGUUGAUAGUAGGAUGUUAAGUUUGUGUUGAAAAAAUCCCCACGAGAUUCCAUUCUGUAAGACUUGUGCUACAUUAUGCAUACACAUGAGUCAUACUUCAUUGUGGUGCUAUUCUGUAUGCUCAGUACAUGUGAUAUCCAGAGGACAGAAAACUAGAUAUUUUUGUAAAGUUCCUAUUUUUGUACACUAAUCUGAAAAUUGAAAAAUUUGUUAAUGUACUUACAAUAAUAAAAUAUUUGUCUAAUCCUAA